AUGGCAGUCUCUGGCCUAACCGAGGUUCAGCCCAUUCUCUCCUGCUGUUUGCAGACUCGUCUUUUUCCUUUUAUCCUCUUUGUUAUCAUCUUUGAUUCCUACAUUAUGGCUUUGGAGAUGAUGGACAAGUCACUCAAGUUCAUUCCUCUGAGAAUCUAUACUGUCCACCUGAUCCUGCACAACCUCCUGCAAGGCUCUUUUGCCUAUCGGGAACUGCGCAGGCAACGCCGAUCUGCUACACCCAGAAGCUUCGCCAAAAAGGUGGCCAUCACCAUUUCUGCCUAUCAGGAAGAUCCCUCCUACCUCCGCCAGUGCCUUACCUCAAUCAGAAAUAUAGACUACCCAAAGCACCUGCUCUCUGUUGUGAUGAUCAUUGAUGGCAACAAUCCAGAAGAUCAGUAUAUGAUGAAAAUAUUUGAGGAGGUGUUCUGUGGGGAAGACCUGGGAACAUAUGCCUGGAAGAACAACUAUCAUAGUUGCCCAACAGCAGGUGGCAUAGCAGAAGAUAUUGAGAAAAAAGAAGUGGAGACAUUGAUCCGGACCAGGAGGUGUGUCUGUAUCAUGCAGAAACAGGGUGGAAAGCGGGAAGUGAUGUACACAGCAUUCAAAGCCCUGCAGGACAAAGUGCACUACGUCCAGGUUUGUGAUUCAAAUAUCAUACUGGACUCAAGUGCAACAAUGGAGCUGGUGAAAGUACUGACAUCGAACUCAAACUGUGGGGCAGUUGGAGGGCAGGUAAAGAUCAUCAACUGCACAAACUCCUACUUCAGCUUCAUGAGCGGACUGUCCUCCUGGAUGGACUUCAACAUUGAACGUGCCUGCCAGUCUUUCUUCAACUGCGUCUCCUGUAUCAGUGGUCCCCUUGGCAUGUACCGUGAUGACCUUUUGCAGCAGAUACUGGAACCCUGGUACCAUCAGACCUUUCUUGCCACUUUUGUAGAUGACGGGCAUCUCACCAAUUGCAUCCUGAGCCUUGGUUAUGGCACUAAGUAUGCUUCACGUUCCAUCUGUCGCAUCAAUAUACCUUCCCACUUCCUGCGUUGGCUUCCUCAGUGGACCCGAUGCUCCCGUUCCUACAUCCGGGAGUGGAUCAUAAGAGUUGUGUGGUGGCCCCGCUAUUCUUUUUGGAUCGCCUAUGAAAUCAUUGUUUCGGUGCAUUUCCUAGUCCUGGUAGCUGGUCCAGCUUUGUACCUUGUCUACAAUUGCAGCAUGUUAGUGUGGCUGUGGCUACUCAUCUGCAUCCAGCUGAGUGGCCUGAUGAAAGCCAUCUCAGCAACCAUCCUACGCCAGAAGUUCACCAUGCUCCUGGCUUCCCUCUCAUCUGCCCUCUACAUUGCUGUGCUGCUGCCCACCCAGCUCUUUGCUUUGAUCACCUUGCCCUGGACACGAAGCUGGGACACCUCCGGAUGGCGCUACCUCCAAACCAAUUAUUCGCCCCUCUGGCCUCUAUUGGUCUGGUGGUGUAUCAUUGGGGACUGUAUGGCCUUCACUAUUUAUAAAGAGGCAGCAGGAAAUUGGCAAGAUCUCCAUUUCCUGAUCUUUGGAUUCUCUGCUUGCAGUGCUCACUGGCUCAUCCUGUUUGUUUUCUACUUAGUCAAGCGUAUUCUCCGCUCCCGCAGAAGAGUUUACAAACUGAAUGGCAUCACAAGAGGCUGGGACAAUGCUGAUUUGGGAAUACCUGGGACCUUCAAACCAAUUACAGUAAUGGGAAUUAAGUUGGAGAAACUUCAAUAUCAGUAUGUUUAA